UCUCCUGUUGACUAGCCGACGGUAUCAAGUGGAUAAAACUGCCUUAGCCAGCGAACAAAAUAUCGGAGUACACAGUGGCACCAGGCAGCUGGCUAGCUGCUUACAGCUAGUAUUACUGGUUCAACAUGCAGAAGUAUGAAAAACUAGAGAAAAUUGGAGAGGGUACCUAUGGAACAGUCUUCAAGGCUAAAAACAGAGAGACUCAUGAGAUAGUGGCUCUGAAACGGGUCAGGCUGGAUGAUGAUGAUGAGGGAGUUCCCAGUUCAGCCUUAAGAGAAAUUUGCCUCUUGAAGGAGCUGAAACAUAAAAACAUUGUCAGGUUGCACGAUGUUCUACACAGUGAUAAAAAGCUGACGCUAGUGUUUGAGUAUUGUGACCAGGAUCUAAAGAAAUAUUUUGACAGCUGCAAUGGCGACUUGGAUCCAGAGAUUGUAAAGUCCUUCAUGUAUCAGUUGCUGAAAGGGCUAGCCUUCUGCCACAGUCGCAAUGUUCUUCACCGGGACCUUAAGCCACAAAACCUGCUUAUCAAUAGAAAUGGUGAGCUGAAAUUAGCUGAUUUUGGUUUGGCCCGGGCAUUUGGAAUUCCUGUACGGUGUUAUUCUGCUGAGGUGGUAACAUUGUGGUACAGGCCACCAGAUGUGCUGUUUGGUGCCAAAUUGUACUCAACCUCAAUCGACAUGUGGUCAGCUGGAUGCAUAUUUGCAGAGCUAGCAAAUGCAGGUCGGCCACUUUUUCCUGGGAAUGAUGUGGAUGACCAGUUGAAAAGGAUCUUUAGGUUGCUGGGGACACCAACAGAGGAACAGUGGCAGACUAUGACCAAACUCCCAGAUUAUAAGCCAUAUCCAAUGUAUCCUGCAACCACAUCGCUUGUGAAUGUUGUCCCAAAACUUAGUAGCACAGGACGGGACUUACUUCAGAAUCUUCUGAAAUGCAAUCCCGUGCAGCGUAUUUCGGCAGAGGAGGCACUACAACACCCAUACUUUGCAGAUUUCUGCCCUCCAUAGUGUCCGAAGCUCUUGACCCUCAUUCUUCAGAAUGGACCAACAUGGUCUUACCUCGCGCACCCCCUCAAAAAACAUCUUUCUGGUUUUAUUCUUCAUAGUUUGCACCUACCUUUUCUGUGACAUACUCCUCUUGAUGUCACUGAAUAUACACUGCAUAUAGAGACAUCUAAACUUCACCGGUCAAGCCCUGUCAGAUUUGCUUUAGCCAGUUGCCAAAUGUGCUUAAUAGUUCUCAAUCGUUUACAAACUACAGUUUUGAAGGCAAGACUUCAAGGUAGUAAUCUAUUUUUUGAAGCUCAGAUGAACAAAGUAAGUUUGAUAGUAGACAGGUUGCUUACCAGCCCAUGGCAUGGUUAUGUAUAGAAGGGUUUUAAGAAACUAAGCAAAUAAUCGUUUUCUUCAAUGAGGUUUCAGUUUUGCUAUUUAUUUAUUUUUUUUUGCACUUACUAAACAAUAUAGUAAGUGUGUAGAAAGUAUUGGUCCCUCUGCUCAGUGUUUCUAUGGCUUUUUAUUCUACUAGCCAUGUAUGAAGGAGCUUUAGGUUAAUAUAGUGUACAUUCAUAGGUAAUUUUUAGUCUAAAUAUCUUCUAACUUGGAAAUGUUUCAUCAUUUUAGUUCAUGUGCUGAGUUAAAAACUGACAUUCUUGAGAGUUACAUAGUACGUUGUUUUUCUGCUUUCUUUUCUUUUGUCACUGGAAGGACACCACUCAGCCCUCAGAUAGAUCUGAAGUGUGUUUGAUGUGUGACGUGGACCACAAGUAGCUCUUCUUUUCUAAUAGCCUUGACAAUAUGUAUGUCUAAAGUGUAGUGUUUUAACAUAUGGUGUAAUAUUCACAUUGAAGUCAUUCCUUCGAUUCCCGCAGAAUAUGUAGCAACAAACAUUGUGAACCCGCUCAAAUAUCUCAUGAGAAUCAGCCUCAGACCUCACAAGAGACAAGUUUCCACUGUUGGAACUUGGAGCCAAGUAGUUUGUAGAUGUUCCUGGUCCAUAAACCCCUGAUUGUGGUGUUUCCAAAAAUGAGAGAAACGAUUGUAAUAUAAUGAAAAUUUUAGGCCUCUUUUAAAGUGCCCAGGUUUAAAAAUAAGGAGAUACAUAUGUACCUGUUAAUGCAAGUGUGUAAAAACUAGGAAAGCUCACCUGUGGUACCUGGGCGUUACCUCAGUCACUUUGCAAACUACACAGAUCAGAUAAUCACGACUGUCAAGGAGUUAUCCCAACUGUUUUCUGGCUUGUUUUUUGUUGCAUAAUUCAGGUGUUGAGAUGUAAACAAAAUCAGUCAGAGUGGUUUGAUGUGAAAUCGUGCAUUGAUAAGAAACCUACUGAGUCUGGUUUCUUUACAGUGGUGGUAAAAGGGACUAGAAGGUGUCAUGUCUACAACGCUGAUAAUAGCCAUUUUAUGUAUAUUUUUAUGCAUAUUUAUGUAAAGUGACCAGUGAACCUACAUCUAUAUGUGAUAUUGAUAAUGGUAAAAAAGUGGGAAAUCUGAAAAAAGGGGAUUAUUUUGCCUUACAACACCCUGCAUGUAACACUACUGUGCAUGUAUGUUCAGUUAUACAUUUUAAGUGCAAACCUUACCACAAAACAGUGUCUGAGGCAUCAGGCAGAGUAUUUCUAACCAUUUCAUGUAAUAGCUUUCUAUGAGGGAACUUUGAGGUAUUAAACCUUUCAGAUGUCUAUUUCCUGUUACUACCAGUAAGUGGCUUGGUCAUUUUUUUGUUUUAAAUAGAGCAGGACACAUCAAAUUACUCUGACUGACUUUCUGUACUUCUCAACCAUUUAAUUCUGUAGGCAUUUUUAAAAAAUUGAUAAUUGAUUUAAAUACAUUUAUCAUCACCUUUCACUGUAUUAUAAAUUCGAGUUAUACAGGUUUCAGGCCUUUCAUAGUGAUUGUAUCAUUGAUCAGAAAAGUUGUACCCUUUUUUGGGGGGAAACAAUACAUUGCUUAGUUUACUUUUAGGAUGGUGAAUAAUUUCUGUUUUCCAUUUUCGUUCUGUUAAGUGAAUUAGAAUGCAUGUAUUUAUUUGUUUAUGAAUGUUUGCUGAGUAGUAGACUUUUUAAAAUACAAAAAAAUCAGGGUUAUUAUGGGGCGUGGCCGUUCCUGGUUUAUUUUGUUGGACUUUCGUUGGAAAACUCAAUAUGAAUGGGAAUUGGAGGCUCAUUUUCAGAAACAAACCAAAACAUUAACGCAGUAUUCAACCAAUGCAUUUUGUUCUAAUUGUUGACAACAGGUACGCAUUUCAUAUGCUAGACAACAAAGUUCCACUAAGUUCUCAAAAAUCAGUUACCAACCUUUACCAAAGCCUGUAAGAUUUGCCAGGAAAUCAGCACAAUCCUGUUCUUCAACCCUGCAGUACAGUACCACAGAAUAAAGAUGAACAUUUUUGUUUGUGAUAUAUUUGGCACUCUACUGUAUGUGUGUUUACGUUGUAAGAAUUUAUUUUUCACAUCUAUUAAAUAUGUUUUCAUCAA